CCCGGUUUCGCUGCCACGCCGUGGUUUGCUGCCCACGAAGACGGUGGCGAAACCGCACCCUCCCCUCUCCUCCUUCCUUCCCCUUAAGCACCUGGCCGCGGAGCUAUAAAUAGACGUGCUCUCCCCUCCUGGCUCCUCACAGAUUCGAUUUGGCCUGUCUUGAUUUGGUCGGUGGUGUAGUGUCGUUCUUGGAGCUGUUUGAUUCGGGGCUUGGUGCGAUUUCGUUUGGGGAUUUGGGGAAGGAAUGGCGACCGCAGGGCAGGUGAUCAAGUGCAAAGCGGCGGUGGCAUGGGAGGCCGGGAAGCCGCUUUCGAUGGAGGAGGUGGACGUGGCGCCGCCGCAGGCCAUGGAGGUGCGCAUCAAGAUCCUCUUCACCUCCCUCUGCCACACCGACGUCUACUUCUGGGAGGCCAAGGGCCAGACUCCCGUGUUCCCCCGGAUCUUCGGUCAUGAAGCUGGAGGCAUUGUGGAGAGUGUUGGAGAGGGUGUGACUGACGUUGCCCCUGGUGACCAUGUCCUCCCUGUGUUCACUGGGGAGUGCAAGGAAUGCGCCCACUGCAAGUCAGCAGAGAGCAACAUGUGUGAUCUGCUCAGGAUCAACACAGAUCGGGGUGUGAUGAUUGGCGAUGGAAAGUCACGGUUCUCAAUCAAUGGGAAGCCUAUCUACCAUUUCGUUGGAACAUCCACCUUCAGCGAGUAUACCGUCAUGCAUGUUGGUUGUGUUGCAAAGAUCAACCCUGAGGCGCCCCUUGAUAAAGUCUGUGUUCUUAGCUGUGGUAUUUCUACUGGUCUGGGUGCAUCAAUCAAUGUUGCAAAACCACCAAAGGGUUCAACAGUGGCUAUAUUCGGUCUGGGGGCUGUAGGCCUAGCUGCUGCCGAAGGUGCAAGGAUUGCAGGAGCGUCAAGGAUCAUUGGUAUUGACCUGAAUGCCAACAGAUUUGAAGAAGCUAGGAAAUUUGGUUGUACUGAAUUUGUGAACCCGAAAGACCACAACAAACCAGUUCAGGAGGUACUUGCUGAGAUGACCAAUGGAGGGGUUGACCGCAGUGUUGAAUGCACUGGCAACAUCAAUGCUAUGAUCCAAGCAUUCGAAUGUGUUCAUGAUGGCUGGGGUGUUGCUGUGCUGGUGGGUGUGCCGCACAAGGAUGCCGAGUUCAAGACCCACCCAAUGAACUUUUUGAACGAGAGGACUCUGAAGGGGACCUUCUUCGGCAACUUCAAACCACGCACGGAUCUGCCCAAUGUGGUGGAGCUGUACAUGAAGAAGGAGCUGGAGCUGGAGAAGUUCAUCACGCACACGGUGCCGUUCGCGGAGAUCAACAAGGCCUUCGACCUGAUGGCGAAGGGGGAGGGCAUCCGCUGCAUCAUUCGCAUGGAGAACUAGAUUUCGCUCUCUGGUUUCUGAUCUUGCUUAAUAAUGUGGCAGUACUCACCCUGCCAUUGCCGAUGAGAUAGAUACACGUUGGCUGGGGAUGAACCACAACGCUUGUGUGUAUCACGUCCAGUUUAGCCUUGUCAAGCAGUAGAGUAGGUUCCAGUGUGUAAUUAUCUACUGGCACGAGAGUCUUGUUAUGAACCUUCUUUUGGCGUACCUAAGGGUUUCAAUCGAUUGGCUUUUACUCGUUCUCUUGUCGUCAUGCUGGUUGGUGGUUUGUGCUGCUUUUGAAGUAUUUGCUGCUGCUUGUUUGAAAAUCUCGCUAAAUUUGUCUGAAAUUUUCUCUGGUGGUUUGAACUGGAGCGUCCAAGUGGCGAUAGUAUGUUUGUGUCAGAUCCUAACCUGGAUAUGUUGUAUUUCUGUUGUUUCACCUUGUUCAGUUAAUGAGCUACAUGUAUUUAAGUACUGGCUUGAGAUGUGAAAGAUUUGUCAUCCGUUGUGUGGAGCUUUGUUUCA